GGUACCAACGCGGACGAAAAAGUCAUGUCGCCGCCUGCUGUGGCGAGGACAAGGACGCAAGAACAAGAGCAACAGCAACAACAACAACAACAACAACAACAACCAGUCGAGCCUUCAGAUCUCGAAAAACACGGGCCCAGGACCUCUUUACAAGACGGAUCAAGACGCCGCAGUAGCAUCGAUAUACAAAGCAUAAUAUCCAACGAAGAACCCGUACCGGUUCUCGAACCGCCUCCACAUCACGGCCAUCAUGGUCACAACCAAGAAGACCACAACGACAUCCGCUACGAAUACCUCACCUUCGAAACAGAGAUCGACUUUGACGAAAUCUAUCCACCUUCUACCACCACCACAACACCCAGCAACACAGGCACAGGCACAGACAUCAAACCGCCCAAGCCGCCCAAGCCGCCGAACCUCAAAAAAUACGAAUCACCACUAACCUGGUCAUCAACGCACAAAACCAUCAUUCUAAUCCUGUCAUGUUACUGCACCUUCGCAGCAGCCUACAGCGCCGGCGCAUACUCGAUCGCCUCGGCACCACAACGCCAGAAAUGGAAUCUAUCACAAGUCGCCUUCAGCGCGGGCGUGACAACAUGGUGCGGCGGAUUCGCACUGUCACCCAUGAUUCUGGCUCCGUUUUCCGAAAUCAACGGACGUCGACCGGUGUUUAUCGGAUCGGCCAUUCUAUUUCUCGCCGGGCUAAUUGCAUGUGCCACAACCCCUUCAUAUGCCGGCAUGUUGGUCGCGAGGUUUUUCGUCGGUGCGGGAGCAAGUACUUUUGCAACCAUGGUCGGCGGCGUCGUGUCGGAUCUCUACGAUGCCAGGCACAGAAAUACCCCGAUGGCAAUCUACAGUGGUUCAGCGCUCGCUGGGACCGGGAUAGGGCCAUUAUGUUCGGGUUUCAUCGUCGGCCGCGCCAGUUUCCGCUGGAUCUAUUAUCACCAGAUCAUCUCGUUGGGGAUCAUGGUUGUCGUGGUAUGGUUCUUCUUUAAGGAGACGAGGGGGUCGGUUUUGCUCAGUCGGAAGGCGAGGGUUAUUAAUGAGUAUUUGGAGAAGAUGGACCAAUACCGAGGUCUCUCGCAGCAAAACACCACCAAUAACACCAGUACUGGUACUCAACAGGUGGCAUCCGAUACCGAUACGACCCACACAGCCGGUGAAAAGAUGGUCCUGGACGACAAAAGCAGAACUUGGACGACGCAACGCAUCAGAUACAAAGUCCUAGCCGACGAAUCCCGCUCCUCGCUCACCCACAUGCUCUACCUAUCCAUCACUCUCCCGUUCAAACUGCUGGCAACCGAGACCGUCGUCUUCUUCUUCUCGCUCUGGGUCUCCUUCGCCUGGGCAUUGUUGUACAUGACAUUCAGCGUCUUACCUUUGGUCUUCUCCACCCGGCAUGGAUUCACGACCGAACAAAACGGCGCCGUAUUCGCAUCCAUCUCCAUCGGCACCAUCCUCGCCACUGUGGUCUCCAUCUACCAGGCCCAAUAUGCACGGACGCGCUGGCCCAAACUGACCACCAGCCCCGAAGGUCGACUCUAUUUCGCCUGCCUCGAGUCCAUUUUGUUGCCGAUCGGAUUGUUCUGGUUUGGCUGGACGACGUACAGUUCUGUGCAUUGGAUCUCGCCCGUCAUUGCUAUCGGUGUUGCUCAAAUGGGCAUUUUUGUCAUUUAUUUGGCGGUGUUUAAUUACUUGGCCGAUGUGUAUCAUCGAUAUGCGUCUUCAGCUCUAGCCGCUCAGAGUUUCAUGCGAAAUAUGAUGGCUGCGGUGUUUCCGUUGUUUACGGUCCAGAUGUUUCGGAAUUUAGGGUAUCCGGGCGCGAGUAGUUUGUUGGGAGGGAUUAGUGCUUUGCUUACUGUUGUGCCGUGGGUGUUGUUGUUUAAUGGGGAGAAGAUCAGGGCAAGAAGUAAGAUUGCGAGGCAGAUCAUGACGCAUAGUGUUCAGGUUGAGGCUGAUGCUUCGUGA